GUUCUCUGUUGCAAAGGGAUCUAAAGUAUACCAUCAACAGAGAAACCAGUGUGACUAAGAAAGAUAGAAACGCUCCCUGUUACCUUCCGUCUCUCUCUCUCUUACUCUCUCUCUUUCUCUCUUUCUCACUCUCUUUCUAUUUAAUUUCUAAUCAUGGUUUUUGCUUUUCACGGUUUUUCCACCUGUUUUCUCUGAACGUUUCCUGUGUGCCUGGACAGUGGCUGCAUCGAUGGGUUGUGGCAAUUCCUCUGCCACCAGCACGUCAGGAGGGGGUCCAGCAGACGUCUCCAAAGAUGUGACAGAGGAGUCCUCUCCAGAUGAGGAGAAAAGAAGGAACUAUGGAGGAGUGUAUGUCGGCCUGCCUACUGACAUGACUGCCGUAGCCUCCAGCCAGUCAAAGUCCACACGCAAAGACUAGACGUGACUAAAGGAACAUAAUCGCAAACAACACAGGAUUGUACAUAUUCACCCACCAACAGACCUUCCCAGAGAGAGGGCAACGCUUGCUCCCACACUGACUCACCAGUCACCACCGUCUGGAAUGAGGCUGUGUCCAUCUGCCGGGCCAUGAAGGGGAAUGAGGCAUCUGCCUGCUGGGGGCUUGCUGAACCUGUCUCCGGCUGGCACAGGGACCCGCAGCGGAAGCCUUUGUCUGGGAGCACCAGCUCUCUGUAGGGCACCACCAGUCUGUGGGACUCUGACUGAGGAUGAGCUGGGGGAGGUGGAUGCACGACUGGAACCCCACCGGGACUCUGCAGCCCCUGCAAUAAUAAUCAAAGCAUCUACUUUCAAGCUGGAAUUUAAGGAUUCAUGAGUUGUCUGGUUUCGAUGUUGAAUGUAGAGCGAGGGAGCGAGCAAAUGAGGAGAGAAGAGGGGGAGGGGCGGAGGGGGAGGAAAAGCCAAGGAAAGUCACACGGUUUAAUCCACAAGGGAGAACCUCGUUCAGAGGCGUGCAGAGACCCCUCAGACAAACACAGUUAUUGAAGAGAUAUUCAGAUAUUAUUGUCUGUGUGUUUCUUCACUGUUCAAUGAAGCACUGUUGUCUGGUUCAACAUGAACUAGCAUCACUCUCUCAGUGGACAGUAUUGUGUGUCUCAGCUGUAACCCCAACCCCGAACCACAUGACCAAACGCGCGUGUGGCGGAAGAGUCCGGAUGGGAUCUGAGAUUGUAACGUGUUCGUUUGUCUGACGCUCUUUCAAAGCGACGCGCAGGAAAGGCGGGGAUUUCAAACCUGCAACCUCUUGAUCGGCAUUCAAAUGCUCUUCCACUGAGCUAUACCCCUCCCGAUUCUCUACCACUGAGAUAUACUCGACCCUAUGCUCUACGUGUACCAGUGAGAUCUGACUGUCUGGGGUCUAUGCAUGUCUGAAAUUGUAUUGCAGUACAUGUACCAGAUUUUUAUCUCACGGCCUCCCUCAUUAGCUAUGCUCAAAUGUGUGUCAUCCUGUUCAGUUUGAUAUGGUAAUCAUCUGUAAUGACUCAUAAUGGGCCUUUUUGCAAAAGAAGCUGGGGAGUGUUUUGGGUGUUGUUCUGGUCAGGAUGAAAGAUUACCAAUUACCCGUGGAAAGCACAGACUUCCCCUUACUAUGUUUGACUUGUGUGAUAACUGAUGCUAAACCAUGUUGAAGUGUAAUAUAGCAGUUCCAUGUCCCUACAAUGUUGUCACAUUAGGCUUUUCUAUGUAGUUACAUGGUCAUUAAUGUCACCGUAAUGUCAAGUGUUGCCCCCCAAUAGUUCAGGAGGAGAUGACCACACCACAACUCCCCUCUGCUACCUCGUCCACACACCUGGGGAUCAUCAGCCAAUCAUGGGAACGACAUCUGAUUCCCGUUGGCGAAUCACUGCUAAGGCUAGAAAAGAUGCUGCUGUGAAUCAGCCAGUCACCUCCCCAUCUCCUCCUCUCCUCCUCCUUCUGGUCCUGCUAUUCAGGCACCUCGAGGGGGAUCUGUCAGCCUGCAGGAAGCCCA